CUUAGUUCUCAACCCCUGUACAAGGCUGAUCUUUGAACUUUAAUUUUUGUUUACUUCGUUGUGCUGACUGGAAUCUUCCCAUAUUUUGAUUUACAUUGGUGCGAUCCUAUUAUCACGGCACAAACACCUUUCAAUCUGAUCCACGAGCGGAUAUUCAAAUACAGUUUCUCAACAUGAGUUCCCUCACUAGCCUCACCGCAUACUUGCCUCAACAUGAGGGUGUACUUCCCCAAUGGCUUCUUUUCAUCUCCGUAACUUCUCUUUUCAACACUGUCCAAUGCUAUUUUACUCUUCACUUUAACUCCCAAAUCUACAACGCCAUCCCCAAAUCCAAUAUCCCACUUGGCAAAGGUACCUCCCAAUCCUACCCUUUAACCACAUCUGCCACUCCUCUCUCUUCACGCACAUUCGGAACAUGGACUCUCAUCACUGCGAUCGUUCGUCUUCAAACCGCAUAUUAUAUUAGCAACCCACAAAUAUAUCAAUUGGGAUAUGCGACGUUUAUUGUUGCGUGGUUACAUUUCAUGGGAGAGUGGUUGGUGUUUGGCACUACUAAGAUGGGCAGAGGAUUGGCAGGACCAGCCGCAGUGUCAACGGGGACUUUGAUUUGGAUGUGGGUGCAAUGGGGAUUUUAUGUCAAAUAAGGGAAUGGGAUGAGAAGAAGAGACUAUAUAUAAUGAGUCGAUUUGGAUGCAGUAGUUGAGUCUGCAUUCAAUGCAUUCUGGCGGUUUUGAGUAUGGUAACAACUAUUGAGAUCCUUCAAAAGGGGUCAAGUUCUUUCCGAGACUAUUAGCUAAGACUCAUUACAUACGACAGUUGAUUUGUACAACAGGACAAGAUCCGAAUUUUCUCCAAGUCGUGCAAAUUCAUUUCACGCGAAGUCAUAUGCCCAAGGUGUAUGUUGGUGUGGAAUAGGCAUUUCACUUCUCAUUUUAUGUUAAUGAUAUCAGAUUUAGAUUGCUUUCGGCUGUUAAAAGGCUCUGAAUGUUCAGAUAUGUCUGUUUUCAUUCUAGGUCGACUUAUUGAGGGAUCUGAGUAGAGACCAGCUUAAUUAUUAGUUAUUGUUUUGUUAUUUAUUUUUUCUUUUUAUUGAAAGAUUUUUUU